AUGUAUCCUCCAGGCGUGGAUACUCAUAAGUUUAAGGGUACAUCGUUCCAUACUGCUGACUGGCCUUGGAAAGAAGUGGAUGUAAAGAACAAGAGAGUUGCUGUUGUUGGAACUGGCACUUCUUGUGUCCAGGUGGUUCAAGAAAUUGGAGCUGGUGUUAAGGAAUUAGUGGUAUUUCAACGGACUCCCAACACUGCACUUCCUAUGAGGCAAAGAACAGAUGACCCAAAAGAUAAGGAGAUUCAAUUGAAAAGACGUGCUAGCUAUCCGAAGAUUUUUCGUAAGUUGAGAGAAACAUCUUACUCAGGUUUUGAGUUCGAGGCUGAUGUCCGUGUUGCUCUGGAAUGUUUGCCUGAAGAAAUAAAAAAAAAUUUGAUGAUUGCUGGGAAAAGGGGGGUUUCAGGUUUUGGCUUGGAAACUUCAAGGACGUGUUUAUUGACCCUAAGACUAAUGAGUUAG